CUCGCUCGAGAGUUAUUGAAAGACAGACAGACGGACAGGUCGAUUGCAUAAGCCCUGGUUGGGGCUAAAAAUUAUAUGCAAAUCGUUCAUUAUAGUCUGGCUUUUAGAUAUUAAUGCUAUCUUAAAAGGCCCCGCAAAGUUGCUUGGAGUAGGUUUUUUUACUACUACUAAUUUUACUACUAAAAUAGUAAGUGUAUUUCAUAGUUUAUCAAAGUUUUAUGUUAAUAAAAUGUAAAUAUCAGUGCAGUUGUAAAUGUGAAAUCGGCUAUUUCGGCGUUCUGUUAGAAAUUUGUGUGCUUUAAUUACCGUUAGCGACGGCCCAAAUAAUUAGCACUUCAAAAAUGGAAGUUUUUGAGGCUAUCGAAGCAACUGUCGUAACCUUGUAUUAUGAUAAAUUGUCAAACAAUCUUGGCUGAGCAUUGUCGCCUAAAUUCUUCGAACUUAAAUUCAUAAAUUUCACCGAAAAAUUGUAAAAAUGGGCAAGAAAGGGAAGAAAGGAAAGGGAGGGAAAGUGACGGAUGGGUUACUUCCGGCGGAAAUGGCUCGUCCAGCCUUGCUCGGCUUCAUGGUUCGAUUACAGGCUGAGAUGGACAAGGAACGCGAAGAGAGAAACUAUUACAUGUUGGAACGUGAAAAAAUGUUCCAAAUGUGGAACCUCUUGAUGGAACAAAUUCAACUCGAGAAGGAAAAAGCGGCCUUAUUCGAUGCACACUUGCAAGAUGUCGAGAAAAUGAAAGACGGCGAAGAAGAUUUGUACAACCGAAAGCUUAGAUUUCUAAAGCAGGAGCAUUCCCGAAAACUCGGAGACAUCCGGUUACACCACUUGAGUCUCAUGAAGCACGUCCAAGACGACAAUUGGGCGAUCCAAGUCGUCAUGCGGGAAGUCCUCAUGGGUCGGAAAAAGGAGAUUCGCCAAGCCCAGAUGGCCUUCUACCAAAUAAUCCGAGGCCUUUAUUGGAAACAUGCCAAAGACGUGUCCGACAUGCGGAAGGAAUUUGCUCGUGAAAUUCGGCGUCUCGAAACCUCCUUUGACCGCCGUCUUUUUGACCAAAACGAGAAAAAGGACGAAGAACAAGAACGUCAAGUUGUCAUUCUCGCGACGAAUAAAGAAUCCCAGAUCCAAUCUCUAAUAGAAAACCAUCGUAUUGCGGCGGAAGAGCUCGCAAAAUAUUUCAAAGACUUGAUUCGACACAAUCUCGGCCUUAUUUGCGUGAUGAAAGAUUCCGCAAAGAAGGAGAAAAUGAUGGAACUUCGUAGUAAGAAGAAUUGCGAAGAUUUCAAAGCAAAAUAUGAGAAUUUCGUGUCCUCCGCAGUCCAGUGGAAGCAGGACAUGGAGCGAUGGUCUGUUGAACACGUGAAUGACGACGUUGAAGCUCUUGCCACGGAAUUGAGGGAUGUCAAUGAGCAGUGCAAACGACUCAAGCAUGCCCAACGCAUGGUGGAAUGUUCCAAUGAAACCCUUCAACAACGGAUGACCCUCGUUCUCAAGGAGAAAGAAGCCUUGCAAAAUCAGUUUGGAAGAUCUAUCGUGGAGGCGCAAAAACGCGGCUUGAUGAACCGAUUUGUGAACGAGAUCAAGAAAAAAGCGGCCAAAAGAGAGGGAGAACUUUAUGAAGCGUUGGCAGACAAUGUUGAAAAGGCUCCGGGAGAUGAUACCAAUUAUUUUGAGGCUUUGAUGAGUCCCAGAGAAAGAGACAUGGCAUACAUUACUGCGGAUAUCACAGAAUUUGCUACAGAGCAUCAAAAUGUGGAGGAGAGCUAUAUGGAAGCCUUUACCAAGAAUGAAAUUAAUUUGGCCGAUAUUGGAUUUCCGGUCAAGAAAACGGGAGCAAAACCUCGCGGAAAGGAGGAAGAUCUCUUAAACGCGACGGAAAACGAACCCCGCACAAUGUCCAAGCGACACCGCAGCGGAGUGACCAAAGAGAGCCGGAAAUCGUCCCGAAGAAUAACGACGACAAGUUCAAAACAGUCAAUGGCAGCUCGGCCAGCUGCGAGUACGUAUGCAAAUAGUUCGGGAAGUUGAGCGAUAAUAAUUAUUGGACAAAUUACUACUA